UUUAAGGCUCCUCUCCCAUAGAGCAACUCCGCACAAGCCAAGCAGACCAACUUUGGGACUUUGAAUGAACGUAUUUACAUCCACCUUUCUCUUCAUGUCGACUUUUCUGGAAACAUUCACACGGAUGCCAUGGUUACUCCUACCACGAUCUUACAGGUGAACAAGGUGAUGUCCAUCUUGUUUUAUGUGAUAUUUCUCGCUUACCUUCGUGGCAUCCAGUCUACCAACAUGGAUCAAAGGAGUUUGCCGGAAGAUUCGAUAAAUUCCCUUAUUAUCAAACUCAUCCAGGCAGACAUUUUAAAAAACAAGCUUUCCAAGCAGAUGGUAGAUAUUAAGGAAAACUAUCAAAACACGGCGCAGAAAGCAGGCGCUCAGCGAGACGCGGAUGGGGGGGAAAACGUGAAAUCAGACUUCCAGCCGGUUAUCUCAGUGGAUACAGAUCUCUUGAGGCAGCAGAGACGCUACAACUCUCCCCGGGUCCUCCUGAGCGACAACACGCCGCUGGAGCCGCCGCCGCUGUACCUCAUGGAGGAUUACGUCGGGAACUCCGCGGCCAACAGGACCUCCCGCAGGAAGAGGUACGCGGAGCACAAGGGCCACCGAGGGGAAUACUCCGUUUGCGACAGCGAGAGCUUGUGGGUGACGGACAAAUCCUCUGCCAUCGACAUCAGGGGACACCAGGUAACUGUUCUGGGAGAAAUCAAAACGGGCAACUCGCCGGUUAAGCAGUACUUUUACGAGACGAGGUGUAAAGAAGCCAAGCCCGUGAAAAACGGCUGCCGCGGCAUCGACGACAAGCACUGGAACUCCCAAUGCAAGACAUCCCAAACUUAUGUCAGAGCACUGACCUCAGAAAACAACAAACUGGUAGGCUGGAGAUGGAUAAGGAUAGACACCUCCUGCGUGUGCGCGUUGUCGAGGAAAAUAGGAAGAACAUAAAUCUGCAUCUCUUUGCUAUAUAAAUUAUUACUUUAAAUUAUAUGAUAUGCAUGUAGCAUAUAAAUGUUUAUAUUGUUUUAUAUAUAUUAUAAGUUGACCUUAUUUAUUAA